GCUUCCGGUGCCAGACGAUGGCUAGCGAAGGAGCUGUCGGCAGAAGAGUGAGCACAGAUGAACUCUUAAAAGAAGCAACCAGAUGUCCCAUCUGCACAGCUUACUUAGAAAAGCCAAUGACCCUGGAAUGUGAGUGUGUCUUCUGCCUCAGUUGUACCAAUUCACUGCAGAAGGAGCCCCAAGGUGAAGGUGUCUUGUGUCCCUUCUGCUUGGUGGCUUCUCAGAAAAACAACAUCAGGCUCAAUCGGCAGCUGGGGAGCCUGGUUUCCCACAUUAAGGAACUGGAGCCCAAGCUGAAAAAGAUUCUGCAGAUGAACCCAAAGAUACGGAAGUUCCAAGUGGAGGUGACCUUGGAUGUCGACACGGCUCACAACCUCCUCCUCAUUUCUGAAGACCUCAGGAGUGUCCACUGUGGGAGGAUCCAUCAGAAUCGACCAGAUCUCGCUGAGAGAUUCAACUUGGCAGGUGCUGUCCUGGGCUCCCCUGGUUUCACCUCUGGCCGCCACUACUGGGAGGUGGACCUAGGAACAAGCGAAGAAUGGAACCUGGGAGUCUGCAGAGAAUCUGCCAGUCGCAAAGGGAUCAUCCAAAUGACCACGGAUCAUGGAUUCUGGAUUGUGAGUUUGAGGGCUGGGGGCUUCCACUUUGCUAACACAAGCCCUCCAACACCCCUUUGGGUGAACCCCGAUUUACAGCGAGUGGGGAUUUUUAUGGAUAGAGGCAUGGGAGACAUCUCCUUUUACCACCUGGGAGAUGGAUCCCACAUCUAUACAUUCACAAAAGUUUUUCCCGAGGAGCCACUGCGCCCAUAUUUUGCUCCCUCCACUCUCCCAGAUCAGGGAGUCCUAAGUAUCUGUCCUGUGACAAACCCAGGCACUGCCCAUCCAGUCCUUCCUGGGGAGGGCAAAUAAACCCCCACAGCAUAGAAACAGGAUUGGAAAAUUAAAUUACUUGGUAGGUAAACGUAGGAAGUUUCUGUUGGCAGAAAAAUAUAGACCAUUACAUGAUGUAAUUAACUUCACAGAUUCAUUAGUAUAGAAAUUGAGCUUUAAAUGUUGAUCAUUGGCACCACCAAACAUGUUGGGCUUUGUGUUUCUAUUUUGUUUCCUAAUGAUAUGUCUUGUAUUCUUAAAUUAAUUUCCAAAUGCUUUACCAUUUAGUUCUGUACGUUCAAUUUAAUGUAUU